GAGAAUGGGUCAGAUUCAAUCAAAAAGGCACCUAAAUUUGGUACAGGCCUGUCGUCUAAGAAGUCAGCGCAAAAAUGUUGUUUGUCAUCAACGGCUUACUUUGGAAUAUCAGUACAUCUUAUCGAAAGAAUUUAAAAGCCUACCUCGGUAUACAAUACGCAAAGGCUCCACGUUUCUCGCCGCCUGAAAUCAAAAUGAACAAGUGGAAUAUCGUUUACAAUGCGAGCGCUUACGGUCCAAAAUGUUGGCAAAAAUUAAGCAAAGAGACCGACAAGCAAACCAUUCAUAUACAAGAGUUGUUGAUGAGUUCGAAUAACAAUCAACGAGACGUGUCUCACGUUGUCUUCGAUGAGGAGUGUCUAUAUUUGAAUAUAUUUAUACCGGAUGGAUCACCAGGCAUACUGGGCUAUGCCGUAAUGGUUUGGUUUCAUGGCGGCGAUUACUCUACUGGUAGUGCCACAGAUAUCGAUCCAUUUCAAAUGGUUUUCAAGCAGAAAGUGAUCGUUGUGACUGUAGCGUAUCGCUUAAGUAUUAUGGGAUUUUUCACAACCGGCGACAACGAAGCGCCUGGGAAUUUCGGCUUAAUGGAUCAAUCGGCCGCUUUGCUUUGGAUUCGCAAGAAUAUUGCUCACUUUGGUGGCGACGCAAAACAAAUAACUAUUAUCGGCCAUGAGGCGGGAGCUAUCAGCGCAGGCUUGCAUUUAACUGCAGGCGAUUGGUCGAGAAAUGCUUUCCAUAAAGUUAUCCUUAUGUCGGGUAAUCCCUUAACUGAAAACACGGUUAAGACCUUCGAUUUUUAUAUCAAUGCUUUGGAUCAAAUAGCCGACAUAUUCGGCUGUAAUCAUAAGCCCACUUCAAUGUUAAUCAAGUGUCUGAAGCGUGUCGAUGCCAAAAUCUUAAUGGAUAACAUACCCGAUGUGGAGUGGGGUCCUAUAAUCGAUCAUGGCUUUAGUAAUACAUCGAAAGGUUUCAUAGAAGAUUAUCCGGUGGCCUUAUUUAAAAGUGGAAAUUAUCAUAAAGUUCCCGUUAUAAUUGGCAUUACAGAUAUGGAAGAUGUUCUUCAGAUAUUGGACAAUAUAAAUACGGAUGAUAAUAAAAUGUCGUCGACAGAUUUCGAAGGUUUCGCAUCAAAGAUCGCCUCCGAGGAUAUACAAAAAUUCAAUCAGAGCGACCUAUGGUGUUCGAAUCUGCACAUUGUUAUCGAUUCGAUUAAUUUGUUAUAUAAGAAUGAAGAAGGCUUAAGCUCAAAUCAGGUGCUCAGCAAUUUCGUCAGCUUUCACACGGACCGCAUGUAUUUGUCACCGCUCUUCCUUUUAGCCAAUUACCUAAACGCUGACGAAGAUGUUUUUGUUUAUUACUUCAAUAUUCGACCUAAAACGGAAUUUUACAAUUUACCUCGAUGGAUUAGUGUACCGAAAUAUUUCGAUCAAAUUUUCAUAUGGGGAGUUCCGUACAUGAAUAAUAACAUGUUUAUCAAUCGUUGGAAUUCAACCGACAAGAAGAUCUCCGAUAUUGUAAUGACGUUAUGGGCGAAUUUCGCCAAAGCCUCCAAUCCGACCGCUUUCAACAUAUAUCUAAAAUGGAACGCUUUCAGUCAAACGAAUCAAACAUAUCUAGUAAUUAAUGAGGAUUUCAAUUUGAAAUCGGUAACGGAAAAUUACAAAAUUAACUUUUGGAACGAAUAUUACCCAAAACUAUUGGAUUUCGCCAUCGAAUGUUGUGCUUCCCAAAACAAGAACAAUAAACUAGAAAAUCUCAACGGUUUCAUUUUACUAACGUUUUCACUAAUGGUUUAUGUAUUUUGA